AUUGUGAAAUCGGGAGUCAGUCAACAUGUACUAUCGGUCACUGGGGCUUGUGGUCCUUACUUUGGUUGUUUUAGAGGGAGCUGCCAACCCCACCGUGUAUGAUGUGUUACUGAAGAGGCGACAGAACGUAGAAGGCGACGUCCGCCUGGUCAAUGGGUCGACGGCUUUAGAGGGUCGACUGGAGGUGUACAUGAACGGAGAUUGGGGGACUGUGUGUGACGAUAUGUGGGACUACGUCCCCGAGAACGCGCACGUGGUGUGUCGUCAGCUAGGAUACAGCGGAGGUGAAGGGCGUACCAACGUAGGAUGGUCGCCUUACGGAGCCGGAAGUGGGUCUAUUCACAAGUUUGGAUGUGGAGGAAGAGAGAGUCGAUUGGUGGAGUGUGAUCUCAUUAGAGGUGGCACGUGUUCCCACCACGAGGAUGUGGGCGUCCGUUGUCAGCCCCAUACAGACGGCACUAUACGUAUGGUGGGCGGACCGACGGAGUUCGAAGGUCGGCUGGAGAUCUGGCGAGGAUUAGAGUGGGGGAAUGUCUGUGACAUUGGUUGGUAUCCAGACAACGCCCAAGUGGUCUGUAGGGAGCUGGCUUACUCGGGAGGGACAUCGGUUGAUGGAGAGUCGGACUAUGGGCGGGGGCGUGGCCCCACGUGGACAGAUGACAUCAUCUGUAACGGAGAUGAAGACGAAUUGGUGAACUGUAACUUCCAUUCGAGUCCUGACAGAGAUUGUUCCGUCACUUCCGUGGGAGCAAUUGUAGGGAUACAGUGUACACCAUAUGAAGAAGGACAGUUGCGCCUGGUGGAUGGACCGUCUAAACUUGAGGGCAGACUGGAGGUUUACCACAACGGCCAAUGGGGUGUUGUCUGUAAUCGGCGCGUGGACAAAGACAUCGCCACGGUCGUCUGUCGACAACUCGGCUUCAGUGGAGGUUUUCAUGCCGGAGCCAACGCCUACGGGUACGGCCAUAACCCGGUGUGGAUGGACAACGUUAGAUGCCGAGGAGGCGAGAAGAAGCUUACUCGAUGUAGACUCUCACAAUUUGUGGAAUUGGGAGACGAAAUGUGUUUCCGCUGGGAGGCAAUGGGCGUCAAAUGUGAUCCAUAACACAUGGUACAGGGUAGACUAUACAACCAGGGACCUAAAGACUCCUCCUCAUCAAACACUAUGGCUAAGAUGUAUUUCUGUCUAUAUUCCAGGGUCAAAGCAUGUUCACAUACAUUUUUGUGUGUUCCUUAUUACACUGUUAGUCAACAUUUCUUGAUAUAAAACGAAAUAAAACAAAAGAACGACAA